ACUGCUCCUGUGGCUCCUCCCACAGGCCCCUGUAUAAAGGAGACCUGCGGCCUGAAGAUCGGCCUCAGUCUCCAGGACCUUGUAUGAUAGACACUCACUCCUGGUUCCUUCUUCCAGUCAAUAAAAGCCGAUAUCUCGCCUACGUCUCAGUGUGAGUUAUUGAUGGUGCAUCAAUUUUAUUGACUGGAAGUUUUAAAACAUGGAACCCGUUUUGCGUCCGGACCGGUUGGAUUUGGACCCUCAAGACCCUGACGCAGCUCUCGCUUUUGAACACUGGCUUGCAUGCUUCCAAUCGUACUUGGCGGAGCUUCGUGCGACUGAACCCGCCGUUAUGCACAGAAUCCUACUCUCGAGGGUCUCCUCCAAAGUUUACUCCUUUAUCCGGGACCUGCCGACCUACGAAGGGGCACUGGACGCCCUCAAACGACAGUACCUGCGGCCGGUGAACACCGUCUACGCAAGACAUCGCUUAGCUACCCGGCAACAGCGGCCUGGCGAAUCGUGCGCUGAGUUUCUCCGAGCACUACAGACACUCGUCCGAGCUUGUGACUGCAAGACGCUCACGGCAGAACAGCAUGCGGAGCUGCUGGUGCGAGACGCCUUUGUGACGGGACUGAGGUCAGUGUACAUGCGCCAGCGGCUGCUGGAGAACUCGGAUCUUACCUUAAGCUCGGCGAUAGAGAAGGCCAACGCUCUAGAAGCUGCGCGGCAUAACGCCGACGCUGUCCAGUCGCGCGAUUCCCCGCCGGUUUCGUGGACGCCUCAGACCCCGCCACCGCCGGCUCCCGGGAGCGAAUUCGCCAACGCCGCCGCCAGUCGCCAUUCCACGAGCUCCCCGACCCAGACCACGGCUGUGGCCCGUAAGGAACUCGUGCUUUGUUAUUUCUGUGGCCAAAAGAAACAUCCUCGACAACGCUGUCCAGCGCGAGAAGCGACCUGCUCCAGCUGCGGAAAGCGGGGCCACUUCGCCAAGAGGGAAAUGGACCGGAUGGUGGACCAGUACCAACUGCAGGCCACAUUUCCCUAUCUGGAUAACAUCACCAUCUGUGGUCAUGACAGGCCAGAUCACGACGCCAACCUCCAACGGUUUCUCCAAGUGGCCGCAGCUCUGAACCUUACUUAUAACAGGGACAAGUGUGUUUUUGGUACCACCCGCCUUGCUAUACUUGGGUAUGUCGUGGAAAACGGGGUUAUUGGGCCUGAUCCCGAACGUAUGCGCCCCCUGUUAGAGCUCCCUCUUCCCACCACUCUCAAGGCCCUCAGACGGUGCCUGGGGUUUUUUUCCUAUUACGCCCAAUGGGUCCCCCAUUACGCGGACAAGGCUCGCCCCCUGGUCAAGUCUACCUCGUUUCCCCUCUCUGCUGAGGCCUGCGCGGCCUUCAACUGCAUUAAAGCGGACAUUGCCAAAGCUACGAUGCAUGCAGUGGACGAGACCGCUCCCUUCCAAGUGGAGUGUGAUGCCUCCGAUUUCGCUCUGGCUGCUACCCUUAAUCAGGAAGGCAGACCAGUAGCAUUCUUUUCUCGCACCCUCCAAGGCUCUGAAAUUCGGCACUCCGCGGUGGAGAAAGAAGCCCAGGCCAUAGUGGAGGCUGUUAGGCACUGGAGGCACUAUCUUGCUGGCAAAAGAUUCACUGUGCUGACCGACCAGCGCUCGGUUGCGUUCCUGUUCAGCAACCAACAGCGGGGCAAGAUCAAAAAUGAUAAGAUUUUGCGGUGGAGGAUAGAACUCUCCACCUACACCUAUGAUAUCCUGUACCAGCCUGGCAGACUCAAUGAGCCCCCUGAUGCCCUAUCCCGGGGAACAUGUGCUAGCACACAGCUCGACCAGCUGUACGCCCUUCAUGCACAACUUUGCCAUCCGGGGGUCACCCGAUUUUACCAUUUUGUGAAAGCUCGGAACCUGCCGUACUCCCUGGAGGACAUCAGGACGAUGACCAGGGACUGCCAAAUUUGUGCCGAGUGCAAACCGCACUUCUACUGUCCUGACACGGCUCAACUUGUCAAGGCCACCCGCCCUUUUGAACGCCUGAGUGUUGACUUUAAGGGCCCCCUUCCCUCCACUGACCGCAAUGUCUAUUUUCUCAGUGUUAUUGACGAGUUCUCACGGUUCCCCUUUGCCAUCCCCUGCCCCGACACCACUGCCACGUCCGUCAUAAAAGCCCUGCGCCAGCUCUUCACUCUGUUCGGGUAUCCCUGCUAUAUCCACAGUGAUAGAGGGUCCUCCUUUAUGAGUGAGGAGCUGCGCCAGUACUUGCUAGCUAGGGGCAUUGCUACCAGUCGGACCACGAGUUAUAAUCCCCGGGGUAAUGGCCAGGUAGAGCGGGAGAAUGCCACAGUGUGGAAGGCCACACUUUUAGCCCUUAAGUCCAAAGGGUUGCCGGUCUCUCGAUGGCAGGAGGUCCUCCCUGAGGCACUGCACUCUAUCCGCUCUCUGUUAUGUACGUCCACCAAUGCCACCCCUCACGAACGCCUAUUCUCUUUUCCCAGGAAGUCUGUCACUGGGACCACCCUACCAGUUUGGCUGACGUCCCCGGGGCCAGUGCUGCUCCGGAAACAUGUGAGGAGCAAUAAAUACUCCCCGCUGGUGGAGAGGGUUCACCUUCUCCAUGCGAACCCCCAGUAUGCUUACGUGGUCUUACCUGAUGGGCGGGAGGACACGGUCUCCAUCCGCGACCUGGCACCCGCAGGUGCAGCAGACCACUACCCUGAAGGCUCUCCGGUAACUGUGAACCCUGCACCAGAGGUGACACCGUACUCACCAGGCCCUACACAGACUCCUCACGACACUUGUAUACCGGGCGUUUCGUACGCAUUUAUACCAGGCGCCUCGCACAUGCAUGAGGGAUCACCGGCGCCUAGUGGGCAAGAACACGCGCAACCCCCGUCCCCUGUGCAAUCGCCAAUGUUGCCGGCACCUAUGCGGUCACAGCCGGUGCUACGUAGAUCGCAGCGACAGAUUCGACCGCCUGAUCGGCUUGACUUGUAAGAACCUUCGCUACAUGAGGACUUUUUCAAACGAAGGGGGGGUGAAUGUGGUGAACUAUGUGCCUGUCGGGACACGCCCCUGCUGACUGCUCCUGUGGCUCCUCCCACAGGCCCCUGUAUAAAGGAGACCUGCGGCCUGAAGAUCGGCCUCAGUCUCCAGGACCUUGUAUGAUAGACACUCACUCCUGGUUCCUUCUUCCAGUCAAUAA